AUGUUCCGAGGCCACCCAAAGUGCCAAGUGUGUGGCCGACGAUCCUUUCCUGGAGAUCUCAAUGACAACUACAUGUGUGAAAUGUGCGAAGAAGCAAUGAUAGCCCAAAAGAUUGCGAUGGAAGAUCAUUCAGAAGAUGAGGAGGAAGAAGAAGCUGGGUGUGAAUCUGAAUCCGAGGAUAGUGAUAGUGAUAGUGAUAGUGAUAGUGCUAAUGAUGACAUUCCGUUGUCCAAGCUACCAUCGUCCACCAAGGGAUCUGGAUAUCUAUGCCAACAUAAAGGAGCAUCCUCCAAGAGUAUUGGGCUCGAGGUCCGACGUUCCAAGAACUUGGCAAACGCUCCUGGUGUCAAACCUAAAACGUCACCGCCUCCCACGAAAAUGAUGGCCACAAACACGGCUACAACAACAGUGGUGACACCAAAUCCCAAAUGCACAAUACAACCAAAAUCGCAUCACUGUGGUGAAUCCAUAUGCCGAAAAGAAAACAAACCUUCCCAUCAUCAAAGCAGUGACCAGCAAAGCGAAAUCAAGGACCAUUGGCGGCAAACCAUUCCCUAUCAUGACAUCCAAACCCGCCCUGACUAA